UCUGGACGAACCGUUCUUUCCGCACUUGGCAGCCGUACAAGCCGAUCGAAGCUUACAGGUUAGCAAUAGCAGCGACGGAAUCGGCACACCUGCUAUCAACACGAACCGCUGCCACGUCGAACUCUUCGUAACGGAAAACGCCGCAGCCGCAGCCAGAUCAAACGCCCGACAGCACCAGUGGCGCAGCACUACAGCGACUCACACCUGCACCUCAACCAAAAUCGUCAUGACCGAAGAAAAGAACUACGCGCACACCAAUGGGUUCGUCAACGGACACGGAAACGGAGCACUUCCGCCAGAGAGCCCGGACGGUGAGGUGUUCCUGUUCACUUCCGAAUCCGUCGGAGAAGGACACCCGGACAAAAUGUGUGAUCAGAUCAGUGAUGCUAUUUUAGACGCACAUCUGGAACAAGAUCCCGACGCAAAAGUGGCCUGCGAAACUGUUACCAAAACUGGAAUGGUUUUACUCUGUGGAGAAAUAACAUCCAAAGCCAAUGUUGAUUAUCAAAGAGUAGUUCGAGACACAAUUAAACAUAUAGGCUACGAUGAUUCAUCAAAAGGUUUUGAUUACAAGACAUGUUCGGUGAUGCUUGCUAUUGAUCAACAAUCUCCAAAUAUUGCUGCUGGUGUGCAUAUCAACAGGACUGCUGAGGAGGUUGGCGCUGGUGAUCAGGGCCUCAUGUUUGGCUAUGCUACAGAUGAAACAGAAGAAUGUAUGCCUUUAACAGUGGUACUUGCUCACAAGCUUAACGAAAAAGUAGCCGAACUCCGAAGAAAUGGAGUACUUUGGUGGGCACGCCCUGACACUAAAACACAGGUAACAUGUCAAUACUGCUUGGUUGGCGGUGCUUGCAUUCCACAAAGAGUUCAUACAGUUGUAAUAUCUGUGCAACAUUCUGAUAAGAUUUCCCUAGAAGACUUACGGCAAGAAGUUAUGUCUAAAGUUGUUAAGACAGUGAUCCCUUCUCAGUAUCUUGAUGACAAAACCGUUUUCCACAUAAAUCCAUGCGGCCAAUUCGUAAUGGGUGGUCCUCAAUGCGAUGCUGGCUUGACGGGAAGAAAAAUUAUUGUUGAUACUUAUGGUGGUUGGGGAGCUCACGGAGGUGGUGCAUUCUCUGGUAAAGACUUCACUAAAGUUGACAGAUCUGCCGCAUAUGCUGCUCGUUGGGUUGCUAAGUCUUUAGUAAAAUCUGGACUUUGCAAACGUUGUCUUGUUCAAGUAUCUUAUGCUAUUGGAGUAGCAGAGCCAAUAUCAAUUACACUUUUUCAUUAUGGCACAUCUACUAAAACUCAAAAAGAAUUGUUGAAAAUUGUAAACAGUAAUUUUGAUUUAAGACCAGGAAGAAUAGUAAGGGAUUUAAAUCUACGAAACCCAAUCUACCAAAAGACAAGCACAUAUGGACAUUUUGGUCAUGACAUAUUUCCUUGGGAAAAAUCUAAGGUUUUGGUCGAGUAAUAAAUGGCGGACUUCUUACUCACUGUGUAUGAUUCAAAACUAAAGCUUUGAAUUUUUUAUUAUGAUUUUUUUUAACAUUAACGAAUCAAAUGUUGCCACUUUUUCAUAGUGUUAAGAUACAUUAUUAAAAAUAUUAGUAUUUGCAUAGGUUUCCCUUAGUUUAAACAUAUUAUAAUAAUUUUUUAUUGAUAAAUUUGAUUUCCUUAAAAGAAAAAUAAUAUUAUUAUAAUUAAUAAGUCAUUGUUACGCCAUGUAAAUAAGAAGUCUAAACAUUACGAGGCACUUAAUUAUUUACCUUUUUGGUCUGUUAAACAAAAUUUGAGCAUAGUUGCUUUUUAAUCUUGAUCAAUCACUAUUUGUUAGUAUAUGUCAAUAAAAACUAAAUACCAAUUUAAUUACUAUUAUAUCAUCUCAUCAUAUUCCAUGAAAAUAUGUGUACAUAUAUUUUGUACGUGUACAUGAAUAUUAAGAUAUAUUUUCCAUUUUUUUAUUUAAUUAUUUUUUUUCCUUAGUGAUUUAUUAUUAUCUAUUAUAUUUUUUUUUUAUUCAAGUUUAGCACAAUCUUAGGACGUAAAUUUAGCAUACCG